UUUAAGGGCAACCCUCUUUGUGUGACCCUCCAAUUACAAUCAUCUUAGCCGUAAAAAGAAUCUUUGCAUCAAGGUUCAAUAGUUCCAAAUCAACACCAAUAAAUACCUUACAUAUCUCUGCACAAAAGAAGCCAAGAUUCAUUUGACAAAUAAAAAAAAUCAGUGUGACAAGAUGAAGAUACUGAUAUUGAAGUUUCUUCAGAUUGUUUUGCUGCUGAUUUUCUAUGGCAGACACACAAUAGCUGAAAAGAAAACACAAGAUGCCAAAAAAACAUACAUAGUUCACAUGGACAAGUUCAACAUGCCAGAAAGUUUCAGUGAUCACCUCAGUUGGUAUGAUUCAUCACUGAAAUCAGUGUCAGAUUCAGCAGAGAUGCUAUACACAUACAAUCAUGUAGUUCAUGGAUUCUCCACAAGGCUAACCAACCAAGAAGCUGAAACACUCUCGAAACAACCGGGGAUUCUUUAUGUCAUGCCUGAAGUUAGAUAUGAGCUUCACACAACAAGAACACCACAGUUUCUUGGAUUGGACAAGGCCACAACACUUUUACCUGCUUCUAAGCAGCAGAGUCAGGUGGUUAUUGGAGUGAUAGACACUGGUGUUUGGCCGGAGCUGCAGAGCUUGGAUGACACGGGACUCGGACCAGUGCCGCGCGGCUGGAAAGGUGAGUGUGAAAUUGGAACCAACUUCAAUUCAUCAAGCUGUAACAGGAAACUUGUUGGUGCAAGGUUUUUGGUCAAAGGGUAUGAAGCAGCUCUAGGACCUAUUGAUGAGAAGACAGAAUCAAGGUCACCAAGGGAUGAUGAUGGUCAUGGAACUCAUACCUUAACUACAGCAGGAGGAUCAGCAGUCCAAGGAGCAAGCCUCUUCGGCUUGGCUUCAGGGACAGCAAGAGGGAUGGCUCCACAAGCCCGUGUGGCGGCUUACAAGGUGUGUUGGCUUGGUGGAUGCUUCGCUUCUGACAUAACAGCCGGAAUCGACAAGGCCAUAGACGAUGGUGUGAAUGUCCUGUCCAUGUCUAUUGGGGGAACUUCAACGGACUACUAUAGAGAUAUCAUUGCUAUUGGUGCUUUCACAGCCACACCUUGUCCAAUGUAGCACCAUGGAUAACCACCGUGGGAGCUGGUACCAUAGACCGUGAUUUCCCAGCCUAUAUCAAGCUUGGAAACGGGAAGACACAUACCGGAGCAUCACUUUACACAGGCAAACCUUUAUCUGCUUCUCCAGUACCACUUGUUUAUGCUGGUAAUGUAACCAAUUCAACGGUGGGAUACCUUUGCAUCCCAGAUAGCUUGAUUCCCUCACUAGUUGCUGGCAAAAUCGUGAUAUGUGAUAGAGGAGGAUCUCCGAGGGUGGAAAAGGGUCUAGUUGUAAAGAGAGCUGGAGGCGUUGGUAUGAUAUUGACAAACAACGAAGAAUAUGGGGAAGAGCUUGUUGCUGACCCCCAUCUCCUCCCUGCAGCAGCACUAGGCCAAAAAUCCAGCGAGGCUGUAAAGAACUAUACUUUCUCCUCUCCAAAUCCCACAGCUACAAUUUCUUUUGUAGGCACUCACUUGCAAGUUCAACCGUCUCCAGUGGUGGCAGCGUUCAGCUCUAGAGGGCCAAAUUUUCUCACACCACAGAUACUCAAACCAGACCUUAUAGCUCCAGGAGUAAACAUCAUUGCUGGGUGGACUGGAAAAGUGGGACCAACCGGUUUGACGGUUGAUACUAGGCAUGUGAACUUUAACAUAAUUUCAGGUACAUCCAUGUCAUGCCCUCAUGUAAGUGGUUUAGCUGCUAUUGUCAAGGGAGCGCACCCGAAAUGGAGCCCGGCCGCAAUAAGGUCUGCACUCAUGACCACAGCCUAUAGAACAUACAAAACUGGGCAAACAAUUGAAGAUAUUGCCAUUGGACAACCAGCAACCCCCUUUGAUUUUGGUGCUGGACAUGUGGAUCCAGUGGCAGCUCUUGAUCCUGGUCUUGUCUAUGAUGCAAAAGUAGAUGACUACCUUAACUUCUUCUGUGCCUUGAAUUACUCUCAAUUCCAAAUUAGGCUUGCGGCGAGAAGAGACUUUACUUGUGAUUCAAGGAAGCACUAUAGGGUGGAAGACUUCAACUAUCCUUCUUUUGCUGUUCCCUUGGAAACAGCUUCAGGAAUAGGAGGUGGUUCCAAUAAGGCCACCUCUGUCCGAUAUAGAAGAAUUCUUACUAAUGUAGGCAGUGGAGGAACAUAUAAAGCUUCAGUGUCAUCCCUUCCUCCCUCAGUGAAAAUUAUGGUUGAACCACAGACACUUAGCUUCACUCAACUGUAUGAGAAGAAGAGUUACACUGUGACAUUUACAACUACUUCGAUGCCUUCCGGCACAAAUAGCUUUGCUUAUCUGGAAUGGUCAGAUGGAAACCAUAAGGUUGCUAGUCCAAUAGCAUUCAGCUGGACAUGACUAUGAUUUUUCAAGGAUCCUAACUCACAGAUUCUGAAAUAUCAGCAAAACCUAGUUGAAUAGGUUCGCAUAAACUAAGGAUCACUCUAGUAUUUUAAUGCUUGGUUGUUGGUUCAGCAAGGAGGCCUAACUGGGUGCAUGUUAUCAUUAUGUUCUGUUUCCAUUCUAUUGGAUAGAGUUUCAGGGGGGAGACUUAGUAAGAAAUAAUUGUAAAUAGCGGGAAAAAAAAGGAUAAUGGCAUAUUCUGUAUAAUAUGAUCUCAAUUGUUUAUUAUAUAUUCCCAGCUUUGCAUAGACUUUCAAGAAAUUCUCAAAUUUAUUGAUCGA